ACCUACAUCGAGCACUUCAGCAAGUUCUCGCCGUCGCCGCUCUCCAUGAAGCAGUUCCUGGACUUCGGCUCCAGCAAUGCCUGUGAGAAGACGUCCUUCGCCUUCCUGCGCCAGGAGCUGCCCGUGCGCCUCUCCAACAUCAUGAAGGAGAUCAACCUGCUGCCCGACCGCGUCCUGCGCAAGACCCUGCCCUCCGUCGCAGCUGUGCAAGGAUGGUACGUCCAGAGCCUGCUGGACAUCAUGGAGUUCUUGGACAGGGACCCCGAGGACCAGGCCACGCUGGGACAGUUCACGGACUCCCUGGUCACCAUCCGCAACCGGCACAACGACGUGGUGCCCACCAUGGCCCAGGGGGUCAUCGAGUACAAGGAGGCCUAUGGAGACGAUCCCGUCUCCAACCAGAACAUCCAGUACUUCCUCGACCGCUUCUACCUGAGCCGCAUCUCCAUCCGCAUGCUCAUCAACCAGCACACUCUGCUCUUCGACGGCAGCACCAACCCUGCACACCCCAAACACAUCGGGAGCAUCGACCCCCACUGCAACGUGGCCAACGUGGUGAGAGACGCCUACAACAUGGCCAAGCUCCUGUGUGACAAGUACUACAUGGCCUCGCCCGACCUGGAGAUCGAGGAGGUGAAUGCCACCAACUCCCAGCAGCCCGUGAGCAUCGUCUACGUGCCCUCCCACCUCUACCACAUGCUCUUCGAGCUCUUCAAGAAUGCCAUGAGAGCCACCGUGGAGAGCCACGAGAGCAGCCCCCGCCUGCCUCCCAUCAAGGUCAUGGUGGCCCUGGGCCAGGAGGACCUUUCCAUCAGGAUGAGUGACAGGGGCAUGGGGGUCCCCCUGAGGAAGAUCGAGCGUCUCUUCAGCUACAUGUACUCCACGGCCCCCACCCCCCAGAUGGGCACUGGGGGGACCCCCCUGGUAGGUGACCCCCCUGGCGUGGGCUUGCCAGGCUCCCCCUCCCCUGGCCGGGCACUGACCUGGGAGGCGGAUUUGGCGGGGCUGAGCCCCUCGUGCCGGGGGGAGCCGCAGGGGGACGCGGAGCCGGGGGAGCCCGAGCCCCUGGCGCUGUCCGAGAACCACGAGAAGGGCAGGAAGGGGGAGCCCGAGGGGCGGCCGGGACCCUCCGCCGCCUCCCUGGGCACAGAGCCGUGUCAGGGGGUGGGGGCCGUGCCCAGGCAGCCCCCCUGCCCCGGCUGA